AUGGCGCCUGACCCUACGGACGACAAAACUCGCAGCAACGGUAGCGGCGGGCUGCAGCUCGGACACGGCAGUAGCAGCCGCAAUGGCAGUAGCAACAGUAGCGGAAGGGGCGCCAGCGGAGACAUGGCGUUGCAUGAGCGGGAGCCGCAUGUCGCAGCAUCCACAUCCACAUCCACAUCCGCAUCUGGUCAUAACCGCCAACACCACCACCAUCACCAGCAGAUCAAACAGCAGCAACCACAGCAAGGAGUACCACAGCGGCGGCGGCACAAAGGACAGGAGCAGCAGCAGCAGCAACAGCAGCAGCGUACGAGGCCUCCGGGCGGGGCAGCACAAGGUCGUGCGGCGUCCGGACGGAGGAGUAGCAGUAGCAAGACGUACGGCAACGACAUUGGGGCCAUUGAUAACGUGGAAGAUGGGGAGGAUGAGGAUGAGGACGGAGGGGAGUUUUUGGACCUAAGCGAAGAGGACCUGGAGGAGCUGGUGUUUGCCAGCGCACGUGCUGGCGGACAGCGAACUGAGGCGGCUGAACCCGAGCAAUCCGCGGCAGCGGAGGCAGUAGCAGCGCCGCCUGCCGGCAAGCAGGGGCGCCAGCAGCGGGCCGGCGGCGGCGCCGCCGCGGCCGCGGCCACGGCGAGUGCUACCGCCGCCGUCGCCGUCGCCGGCCUGCCCAGCGAGGUCGAGGCUCUUGUAAUGGCUGCCGUACGAUCCGGGAGUGUCAGCAAUGACGGAGCCAUCCUCGCAGAUCAGCUAAGACAGCUGCAAGCGGCCGCGGCCGCGGCUGCCACGGCUGGCAACGGCGGCGGCAUCGGGUCCUCCGCUACUGCGACUGCUACUGCGGACACUUUACGGGCGAGCGUGACGGCGCUCGCCGAUCUUCUGGAUUGCGACGCCGAGGCCGCCGCUGCCGUACUGCUCAACUACCCCCGCUUCAUUGGGGUGUUGUUUAGCGGUGGUGUUUGCGGCGGAGGGGACGGAGGUUUGGAGAGGCUUCGGUCAUUCGCGGGGAUGCUCAAAUUAGACUUGGCGGAGGCGCGGGACAUUGUACGGCGAAAUCCAGCGCUGCUGCUUGCGCCGUACGAGCCACUGCGGCAGAAGCUGGUGGCGCUGGCGAAUGCAACUGGACUAAGCUUGGCUCAGGCGACUGCCAUGGUGACGACAUACAUGUUUCCCGAGCUGUAG